CAGCCAGGCUGCCGGAGAGCAGAUCUCGGGGAUUCGGGUGCGGAGCCCUUGGCCUGGAAGCGAUAUGGGUGGUCCGUGGCCCGGUUCAGUCGCUCGCAACAGCCCGGGGAACAGGCCUGUCUGGCCCUGAGGGAGUCCCCUUUCUGAAGCUGUGGUGCUCGGACGACCUGCUCUGUACGUUGCCGGGCACCUGUAGGUGUCCCUCGAGAGUUCAGUUUUGAGGUUCAAGUCAGUGUGGCCAUGAAGGGGCUGCCUGUUGGGCUGAUGCUGUGACCCUGGAGUCUGCCUCUCCUGCCAGUCCCCCGGCCCGGAACAUGUGGCUGUGGCUUGGCCCACCCUCGCUGUCCCUGAGCCCCAAGCCCACAGUUGGCCGGAGCCUGUGCCUCACCCUGUGGUUCCUGAGCUUGGUGCUGAGGGCCAGUACCCAGGCCCCAGCACCCACAGUCAACACUCACUUUGGGAAGCUAAGGGGUGCCCGGGUACCAUUGCCCAGUGAGAUCCUGGGGCCUGUGGACCAGUACCUUGGGGUGCCCUACGCAGCUCCCCCGAUCGGCGAGAAACGUUUCCUGCCCCCUGAACCGCCCCCAUCCUGGUCGGGCAUCCGGAACGCCACACAGUUUCCCCCAGUGUGCCCCCAGAACAUCCACACAGCUGUGCCCGAAGUCAUGCUUCCUGUCUGGUUCACCGCCAACUUGGAUAUCGUCGCUACUUACAUCCAGGAGCCUAACGAGGACUGCCUCUACCUGAACGUCUAUGUGCCCACGGAGGAUGUAAAGCGGAUUUCCAAGGAAUGCGCCCGAAAGCCCAACAAGAAAAUUUGUAGGAAAGGAGGAUCCGGCGCUAAGAAACAGGGCGAGGACUUAGCGGAUAAUGACGGGGAUGAAGAUGAAGACAUCCGGGACAGUGGCGCUAAGCCUGUCAUGGUCUACAUCCAUGGAGGCUCUUACAUGGAAGGGACAGGCAACAUGAUUGACGGCAGUGUCCUGGCCAGUUAUGGCAACGUCAUCGUCAUCACCCUCAACUAUCGGGUUGGAGUGCUAGGUUUCCUGAGCACUGGUGAUCAGGCUGCCAAGGGCAACUAUGGGCUUCUUGACCAAAUCCAGGCCCUCCGCUGGGUGAGCGAGAAUAUCGCCUUCUUCGGUGGUGAUCCCCGCCGUAUCACCGUCUUUGGCUCGGGCAUUGGCGCAUCCUGUGUCAGCCUCCUCACGCUGUCGCAUCAUUCUGAGGGGCUUUUCCAGAGGGCCAUCAUCCAAAGCGGUUCUGCUCUGUCCAGCUGGGCUGUGAACUACCAACCAGUGAAGUACACCAGCCUGCUGGCAGACAAGGUGGGCUGUAAUGUGCUAGACACAGUCGACAUGGUGGACUGUCUUCGGCAAAAGAGUGCCAAGGAGCUGGUAGAGCAAGACAUCCAGCCAGCCCGCUACCAUGUGGCUUUUGGCCCAGUGAUUGAUGGUGAUGUCAUUCCUGAUGACCCAGAGAUUCUCAUGGAACAGGGCGAGUUCCUCAACUAUGACAUCAUGCUAGGUGUCAACCAGGGUGAGGGGCUCAAGUUUGUGGAAGGGGUGGUGGACCCUGAGGAUGGUGUCUCUGGCACUGACUUUGACUAUUCAGUCUCCAACUUUGUGGACAAUCUGUAUGGCUAUCCUGAGGGUAAGGACACCCUGCGGGAGACCAUCAAGUUCAUGUACACAGACUGGGCAGACCGUGACAAUCCUGAGACCCGUCGUAAGACACUGGUGGCACUCUUCACUGACCACCAGUGGGUGGAGCCCUCAGUGGUGACAGCUGAUCUGCAUGCCCGCUAUGGCUCGCCUACCUACUUCUACGCCUUCUACCAUCACUGCCAGAGCCUCAUGAAGCCUGCUUGGUCAGACGCAGCUCAUGGGGAUGAAGUACCCUAUGUUUUCGGUGUCCCUAUGGUAGGCCCCACUGACCUCUUCCCCUGCAACUUCUCCAAGAAUGAUGUUAUGCUCAGUGCUGUUGUCAUGACCUACUGGACCAACUUUGCCAAGACUGGGGAUCCAAACAAGCCGGUCCCCCAGGAUACCAAGUUCAUUCACACCAAGGCCAACCGCUUUGAGGAAGUGGCCUGGUCCAAAUACAAUCCCCGAGACCAGCUGUACCUUCACAUCGGGCUGAAGCCAAGGGUCCGCGAUCAUUACCGGGCCACUAAGGUGGCUUUUUGGAAACACUUGGUGCCCCACCUAUACAACCUGCACGACAUGUUCCACUACACGUCCACAACCACCAAAGUGCCGCCCCCGGAUACCACCCACAGCUCCCACAUCACCCGCAGGCCCAAUGGCAAGACCUGGAGCACCAAGCGGCCAGCCAUCUCCCCCGCCUACAGCAACGAGAACGCCCAGGGGUCCUGGAACGGGGACCAGGAUGCAGGGCCACUCCUGGUGGAGAACCCGCGUGACUACUCCACUGAAUUAAGCGUCACCAUCGCUGUGGGGGCCUCCCUCCUGUUCCUUAAUGUCCUGGCCUUCGCUGCUCUCUACUAUCGGAAGGACAAGCGACGUCAGGAGCCCCUGCGGCAGCCCAGCCCUCAGAGGGGAGCCGGGGCUCCUGAACUGGGAGCUGCUCCCGAGGAGGAGCUGGCAGCACUGCAGCUGGGUCCCACACACCAUGAGUGUGAGGCGGGUCCCCCCCACGACACCCUGCGCCUCACCACGCUGCCUGACUACACGCUGACCCUGCGGCGCUCCCCUGAUGACAUUCCACUCAUGACCCCCAACACCAUCACUAUGAUCCCCAACUCCCUGGUGGGGCUGCAGACAUUGCACCCCUAUAACACCUUUGCUGCAGGGUUCAACAGUACUGGGCUGCCCCACUCACACUCCACCACCCGGGUAUAGUAGCUCCAGCCCAGAGCACAGCCUAUAUCCUGGUACUACCCCUCCCAGAUCCACAAAAACACAUGCACACAUGCACACACACACACAGACACGUGCAGACAUCUAUGUAUACGCACGCACCCACACCCAACAGCAGACUCACGUGCACAAACAUAGACAGAUAUGGACAUGCACCCGCAUGUGCAACAACACAAAUAAGGAAGUAAACCUGAACAAGUCCUUCAAAUGGAGACACACAUGAGUCCUUGGGAAACUGAGGACCCAUGGAACAGCAGCUGAAGCCGGCUCCCAGACCUGACCACAGACACUCCCAGGGAGCCUGAAGCACCAGCUGGAUACCCCUUGGUGCUCACCUUCCACAUCUCUUGGAACUGCACCACCCACCAACUCCAGACUUGGGAGCUUUAAAGAGCAGAGUAGCUCUUUCUCCCUUAGACUUGGUCUUUUUUCUGGGUCUCGUUUUUGUUGAUUUUUAAAAAAAAAAUUUGGAACAAAUGUUUCUCCAACCCAUGAGUGCAAAGAGGCUCCGGAAGGGGGGGCUCCAGGCCCAGGUCUCUCUGGCUUUGGAACUCCAGUUGCUCACACAAUGACUGAGGAACGUGAGCCCCAAGAAAGAAACAGAUUCGAGCAAGACCAUGGGGGAGAAGGAGGAAGGGGCUGUCGCUGGAUGGGGUUGGAAGGCCUAGGGGACAACUCACCAGUCACCUCUAUCUCUGUGGAGGGCUGUGGAGACCACAGGUGACCUGCGUUCCCCAGGAGUAUCGGCCUCCCUAGACCAGGGGACCCCAGAUUUGGUGAAGGAGGUUUUGUGGAGGCCAUGUCAUUAUUGGGGGCCCUGGGUGUAAGCUGGGUCCUACCUCUGCCCUUGGGGUAAUGCUAUCAGAAAUUCACCCCAUUUUCUUUAGAGUCUCUUUCGUGUAUGUCAUUUCUCUUUCAAAAAGACGGUGUUUUUUGUUGUUGUUGGCUUUUUUUUUUUUUAAAGAAAAGUUCUUAAAACACUAACGGAAACCCAUGGAGU